AUGAUUACUGGUAAGGAAAUAUACAAUGUUUUCACUGGGAUUGUACCGUUAUAUGUUGCUAUGUUAUUAGCAUACGGUUCAGUUCGUUGGUGGAAAAUCUUCACGCCAGAUCAAUGUUCUGGAAUAAACCGCUUCGUCGGCGUUUUCGCCGUUCCGUUUCUAUCUUUCCAUUUUAUAGCUUCCAAUGAUCCAUAUUCUAUGAACUUCCGUUUCUUAUUAGCAGAUUCACUGCAAAAAGUAGUUAUCCUUGUUGCUCUUUUUCUAUGGAACAUGUUCACCAAAAACCAAGAUAGUCUUGAUUGGACUAUUACACUUUUCUCACUUUCAACUCUUCCUAACACACUUGUUAUGGGAAUCCCUCUUUUAUCAGCCAUGUAUGGUGAUUUCUCAGGAAACCUCAUGGUGCAAAUUGUUGUUCUACAAAGUGUUAUUUGGUAUACUCUUUUGUUGUUUUUGUUUGAAUAUAGAGCUGCUAAACUUCUUAUUACAGAACAGUUUCCUGAAACUGCAGCUUCUAUAACUUCAUUCAAAGUCGAUUCAGAUGUUGUUUCGCUCAACGGUGGAGAACCGCUUCGAACUGAUGCCGAGAUAGGAGAUGAUGGUAAAAUCCGCGUUGUUGUUAGAAGAUCAAUUAGUACUAACACUAUGAUGCCACGAGUGUCGAAUCUCACCGGUGUUGAGAUAUAUUCGGUUCAAUCGUCAAUAGAAUCAACACCAAGAGUUUCUUCUUGUUUUAACCCAACUGAUUCUGAUGCAAUGUUUCAGAGUCCAAAACACGGUUACAGAAAUAGUUUUCAAAGAAAUAGUGAUGCUUAUUCUACUCAAUCUCUGAAAGGAGGUAGAAGUAUGAGUGGUGAGAUGUUUAAUAUUAAUAAUGGUUCUUACCUUCCUCCAAAUCCAAUGCUUUAUGGUUCAACAAGUACCGGAAGAAACAAGAAAGAUAGCAUUGGUGGUGGACCUAACAACAAAGAGUUACACAUGUUCGUUUGGGGUUCAAGUGAUUCACCUGUUGUUUCUGAAGGAAAUCUUAAACACGCUGUUCAUAGAGCUGCUUCUACUGAUUUUGGAACGGUUGAUCCUUCAAAAUCUAUUCUACAUGGAAACACUGUUUCAUCAAAAGGUACUAAUGAAGGUGUUAAUGACAGGAUUGAGAACAUGAGUAUGAGUAUGAGAGAAAGGGAUGUUGAAGAAGAGAAGAUAAGCAAAAAGAAACAAAUGGCACCAACAAGUGUGAUGACAAAACUCAUUCUCAUAAUGGUUUGGAGAAAACUCAUUAGAAACCCUAAUACCUACGCAAGUUUCAUAGGACUUGUUUGGGCUCUUAUAUCAUAUAGAUGGCACAUUGAAAUGCCGUUGAUUGUAAAAGGUUCCAUCUCAAUCGUGUCGAACACUGGUCUUGGAAUGGCCAUGUUCAGUCUAGGUUUGUUCAUGGCAUUACAACCUAAGCUGAUAUGUGGUAAAAGAGUUGCAACGUUUUCAAUGGCGGUAAGGUUCAUAAUCGGACCCGCUGUGAUCGCGGCAACCUCAAUCGCAGUUGGUAUCCGUGGAACUCUAUUACAUGUUUCAAUUGUUCAGGCUGCACUUCCACAAGGUAUUGUUCCAUUUGUGUUUGCCAAAGAAUACAAUCUUCAUCCAGAUAUACUUAGCACUGCGGUUAUAUUUGGAAUGUUGAUUGCAUUGCCUAUAACAAUACUCUACUAUGUGCUUCUUGGACUAUUGUAG